AUGAUAGACCAUGACGGAGUUGUCCACCACCCCUUGGGUAGUGGGUCGUAUUAUUUCAAGCAGAACCUGAUCAAAUAUCUGAAUGAUCAAUGUCCUCGACCUCAGAUCACUCUCCAUAUUGGAUCGCAGCCAAACAGCAGCCCGCACAUUGGUAAUCUGGUUACCUUUUCCACAGGAUUUGCCCUCGCCGCUGCCAUAAAGACAAAGUUUCAGCGCGACGUUAGGGCCAAGUUCGUUUAUGUGGACAGCGCCCCUACUCCUGGAAAGGAUCUUGUGAUCAACGGGGUCAGAUAUCAGAAGAGUCUCGGACAUACAGGAGACUUUCGAGCCAAUCAGACGCCAUUUAUGAAGGUGCUCGACCAAUUGUCCAACCUCUCUGGUGUAGCGUAUGAUAUUGAAACGCAAAAUUUCUGGCGCUCGAAACCUGCUUUUGGCGCCAUCCUUCGGAACAUCGUUGCCCACCAUAAGACUCUGGGUUCACAUUUGUCACCAGAAACAGGCAAGUUAGCUAUUCGAGCAUCGUGCCCCCGCGAAGGAUGCGGACUAGCAGAUAAACAUGGCCUGAACAAUCAAUACCAUGACGAUAGUCGAAUCACGUUCAUAUGUCCUGACCAUGGAGAACAUCAUGUCGAUCUCACAUCGUCUCGAGAUUUAGACCGGCUCGAGUUCAACACGCCCCUGCGUAAUCUUAUUCGGAUUCUUGUCUGCAGUCAAGAUUCAGAAACAUCCUGGAUCAUGUGCACUGGAUCCGACUAUGCCGGGUUCUACCAAGAACAGUUGACAUGGCGGCUCCUAGAGCGUCCUGGAAAUGCCCCGAUAAUCUUCUAUGCCCCCUUAAUCCUCGACUGGUCCGGUGUCAAGCUCUCAAAGAGCCUGUAUGUCAAGCAAGGGUCAUAUAAGUACCUAUGCGACGCGGGUCGCAGGUACUUGCUAGAUACAGACAUAUUUUUGAAGACUGAAUAUGGGUUGAAGGCGCUCUUUGAGGAAGUACAGGAUUGGGUUGAGAAACCGUAUAUGCUGUUCAGGAACUACUCCAUUGAAUAUAUCGAUAUGCAACUGUUAUCUCGGGGAAUGCAGCUUCCCCGGGAGAACGGCUCUGCUUAA